AAGUGACAGCACAGUAUGUACGCUGAUCCUCCUUCGUUUUUCUUUUGUCUCAAUGAUCUGGUUUUCACCCGGAAAAAAAUUAAACGGUUAAAGGGAACAGGUUCCUCUGCUUUUCAGCAGCUUUAGAAAGUCAGUUGCAUUCAGUUCAGUUGUAUUAAGCACAAUCUAUGCACAUACCAGUUUAGGAGGUAUGCGCUGUCAGUUAAUAAAGCAUUCAUGAGGUGUUGCGUUGUGUGAAGUGCUACACUCUUAGCCUUGAGGAGCACAUUUCAUUAUCAGGAGUCAGGAACGCUGUCUGUUUGUAGGAAAUGGAGUCAGAAUCUUCUGGACGUGAUGUUAUCACAUGUCCCUGCUGUAGCUAUUCCCUGGAUUGUGGAGGAUCUAUGGGGAAGUCCAAAGACUGUAAAGUGAGGAGGGGUUCUGAGAGCAUGAAGUGUCGAUUCCUGGAAGAUGCAAAUUUCGAACCCAUGAACAAGAGCCUCCAGAGAAGCAGCUCCAUACGAACCACCAGCACAAUAGAGGAGGAGAGGGGCGAACAGACAGAUGGACUUAUGAAUCGCAGUAGUUUCAAAAACCAUAGCAAAACAUUCCACAAGCAUUUCCAAAUCAAUGAGACAGAUGAUCUAAUUCAUGCUUUCACCUGUGCUCUUCAAAAGGAAGUGCUCUACCAUGGCAAGAUGUACGUGUCCCUUCAGCAUGUGUGUUUCUACUCCUCUGUUCUACUGAAAGAGACCAAGGUUCAGAUACAUGUGUCUGACAUCCAGAUUAUAAAGAAGAAGAACACAGCACGGGUUGUACCCAAUGCAAUCUCCAUCGUCACCAACACUGGAGACAAAUAUCUGUUUGGGUCGAUACGCAAUCGAGACGUGUGUUUCAAGGUCCUGAAGUCUAUAUGUCCACAGCUACAGGAUGUAAGCAACGGAAGCCCUCAAAUGUCUUCUGCAGAAAACGUCCACGAACUGGAAGCCGAUACAAUUUCCAGUCAUUCCAGUCAGGAGGACAGUACAGACCCUCACAGGUCCUCUGAUUCUGGGCAGAACAGGACGACAGGCCGCAAUGUACCUUUAUCAUCAUCAGUGUCCAGCACUUCUCACGUUGAAACAAGGAACAACUCGACAACAUGGAACAGCACCAGCAGAGAUGGCAGUUCUUCAGAGGAAAACACAGCUGUCUCCUGGGUGGCCAUGGUAACAGAGAAGAUCAGAUAUUUUCUCUCCUUGGGAGGCACAACCAGCAUCAACAGACUCAUCACUGUCUAUCUCAUACUAGCUCUGCUCCUGCUCCUGUCAUCUGGCUAUAUUGGUCUGCGUAUUGCAGCUUUGGAAGAGCAGCUGAGCACACUGGGAUCAGCGACUGAGCUUGGCCUACAGAGAUCGUAUAAGGAAACAUAACACCUUGCAUGCAUGAAAGCCUGAAAGAUCUUGGAGGUGUCAAAACAAGGAACUCCUCGUCCCUUAACAUGCAGAACAACAUGAGUCUUCGCUGCCACAGUGAACUGAUCGAGAAUCAAUCUGAAGCCAGCAGACUAUAUUCCCAGCAGGUCUGCUCCGACUCAGGCUCCAACCGUGUCCCAAAUAGUUCACUGCAUUUGUCUGGGUGAUGUGACUGAAUGGAGAAUUAACUCUUUCAUGCAUGGCAUCCACCCUCAGUUACAGCUGAAUUCAAAGAGUGAAAGUGUUGUUUUAGAAACGUUUUAGAAAUAAAUAAGACUCUGUGCCACUUGAUAGCACAACGAGACAUCAGAUCAUUACUUUAAUGGAACUCAAACCAUUAAUCUGAUCAGGGUUGCCAGGCUCAUGGUUUUUCUUUACAUCGUAUUGGACUACAUUUAGAACACGGUUAUGACAAAGUAAAAGUGUGAGUGCAGACAAUGUACUUUCAGUGUGGAUUAUGUUCAUACUAAACAAUGAUUAAAUGUGUACUGUAGAUGCUACAAGUUAGAAACACAUGCAUACCACAGUGAACUUGUUUCCUCAGACAAAGAAAAACAAAUGAGGGAUCAUUUCAAGACAUUUUCAAAAUGUAGUUUGGCUGGAUAUUUUGCUGACACCUGGCAACCCUUAUCUAGAUAAUCAUACCCCAAACUUUUUAUCCAGGACACCUGAUUGUCUGAGGUAUUCUGCACAUUGAUUAUACUUCUUUAAAACCAGCUGUCCACAUACAUGGACAUAACUGUUUAGACUUUAUAGCUGAAAUUAGAAUAAAAAUUGCUCUAUAACACCAUGCAGCUCAUUAAUGUCCUGGUUGUUAGACCACAGUGGUCUAUGCAAGAGUUAAUUUAUUGUUAGUAGUACAUAAAUAUUUAUACUUUCAACUACUGACUCUGUAGCCCAUCGACUUACUAAUAUCUUUUAAACAGUCGAAAUGAUUAAAAUUGAAUAUUGUUUGUUUUAUAGAUUAGACGCAAAUAUUGACAGUGGACCGAAUCUGCAUAGGUUUUAAAGAAUUGGUGCAUGAAAGGGUUAAUGCAUGGGGACAUGCUGCUUUACUACAUAAAGAUACUAAAUGUCCCUCGGCCUAGCUCAUUCGGGCCUUUAAGCUAUGUAACUUUUUAAAUAGAAAUUCUUUUAACGGUGUGACUUUUUCUUUUUUGCUUUUUGCACUAAACAGCCUGAUUAUAUAAAUAGAAUUAAUCUGACACUUCAUCAGUUCACUGUCUGUAAUGUACUUUGGUAAAUACGGGCUGGUAUCUGCUUUUAUUUCCAGCAGCUUUUCUUUCUUUUUGUCUACUGUGUUGUGCAUAGAAACUCUAGCUGUCAUUUUACACAUUGUCUGCAAAACUACUUUUUGUAAAUGUGACUAGAAAACAAGAGCUCCUGCUAUUGAUUUUCUUUUUUUUUUUUCCAUCAUGUAGUCUGAUUCUCAGCAGGCACUUAAGUGUAAGUUAAGUAAAUGUUUGUGCUUAGUUCUUCCAGCUUAAUGAUUUAGUCCGUACAGCUACAUGUAUCUUUAAUUUCCACAGAAUUAUAUUUGAACUACUAUGUGUUAUGAAAUGAUUAAAUAAAAGUCUAUAUUUUUUAUUAA